AUGGAGGCGGAGACGCCCACGCUUGCGAGUUCAGCGUCUCGCUCUCGUGAUGGAAGAAUCGCGUUUUCGGCCAUUGUUUUUUCAUAUAUUUAUGAAACCGGCAAACGCAACGGAUUGGACAAAACCCUGAACCCUCACAGGCAGCGGGGUUUUACUUUCACGUCCUCUUCUUCUCAUCAUCUCUUCUUGAGCGUGGAGAACAUUCUCCUUGCCAAUCCUAAGCUAUAUGAUAACUGA